AGAGAAGAAGAAUAAAGAGGUCAACAUGGACGCCAUCAGGUGUCGUCUGACUCAGUCUUCCUCAGUGGGCGCGGCCGAGGAUGAGGAGGUGGGAGGAGCUCCGAGGGUGGAGAUGAGCUUUGUGACAUCAGAAGAGGAGGAGGAGGCGGAGCCCAGCAGUGACAUCACAGCAUUGGUGCGGCGGUAUCACCAUGGUUACAAGAAAGCCGGCUUGUUCCUGUGUGUGUGCGUCGUCAUCGUCUUCACCACCGCGUUCCUAUUGGCCUACGCAGUGUUUGGUGGCCGGUACCACUGCUCCCUGGUGGGGGGGGGGGAGGAUGAGGAGCAGGGAGGCGGGGCUAAGCCACCUGCCGAGGGAGGGGCGGGGCUUUACCUGGGCGAGCUGAGGCUGAUGAUGAGGAGGCUGCUGCAGGAUGAAGAUAUCCACAACACAGUCAGUCGAGUCAGCAGAGCCAAUCAUCCUCCAGGUUCCUCAGACGGGACGUCUCUGGCGUCAGAGGUCCUCCGUCGCUUCAGACUGCUGCAGAUGGAUCACACCUGGACCGAGUCUCUGUACGCCACGCUGCAGUUCCCCCACAGGUCUCAGAGGAGCUCUCUGUGGCUGGUGGACUCUGCAGGACUGAUCUCAGAGCAGAUCCCCCUGAACCCGUCUGACUACUGUCCAUACAGCGCCACAGGAAGUACCACGGGGGGCGUGGUCUACGCCAACUACGGCCGCCCGGAGGACUUUAAGUGGCUGGAGAGCGCCGGUGUGUCCGUGGUUGGCUUUGUGGUGGUGAUGCGUGUCGGGGGCGGGGUCAGUUUCGCUGAGAAGGUCUGGUUGGCCGAGAGGAGCGGAGCGGGCGGAGCUUUGAUCUACCCCGACCCCGCCGACCUGCCGCAGGACCCCCGACGACUCGGACUGAACCCGCACACCGCCGUGUCUGAACACGUCCACCUGGGGUCAGGUGACCCCUUCACCCCCGGCUUCCCGUCCUUCAAUCACACUCAGUUCCCACCCAUCCAGUCCUCCGGCCUGCCUCUCAUCCCAGUGCUGCCAAUCAGUGCCACCGUGGCUGCCAAGCUGCUCAGCCAGCUGGCAGGUGCGUCCUGUCCUCCGUCGUGGCGUGGUCGGCUGCCGUACGUGCGCUGCGUGGUCGGUCCGGAGUUCAGCUCCGGUCGCAGAGUCACGAUGUCAGUCCACAACGUGAUGACGCCGGUCCUGCUGAACAACAUCUUCUCGUCUCUGGAGGGCCGGGGGGAGCCAGACCACUACAUCAUCCUGGGAGCUCAGAGGGACUCGCUGGGUCCAGGAGCCGUGACGUCUGGAGUUGGAACGGCGAUCCUCCUGGAGCUGGCUCGGACUUUCUCCGCCAUGGUGAAGAACGGUUUCAGUCCCAGACGGAGUCUGCUGUUCGUCAGCUGGGACGCUGGAGAUUUUGGGAACGUCGGAGCCACUGAAUGGCUGGAGGGUUACCUGUCCAUGCUCCACCUGAAGGCUGUGGCCUACUUCAGUCUGGACCAGGCUAUCAUGGGUGAUGACGUCCUGUCGGCCUACACCAGUCCUCUGCUGGUGGACCUGCUGGACGCCGCCAUCAGACAGGUGGAGCAUCCGAAACAUGCAGGUCAGAGCAUCUACAGCCAGGCGGAGCGAGAGGGAGGCAGCUGGAGGAUUAUCAAGCCCUUGUUUCUGAACAGCGGAGCGUACAGUUUCACAGCGUUUGCAGGAGUUCCAGCGAUGGAGCUCAGAUUUACUGAGGAGCGAGCGUACCCGUUCAUCAACACGCCGCUGGACAGCGCCUCCCGCCUGCAGGAGGUGCUGGGUGGUCGUCUGGGGGUGACGGGGCGGAGCUUAGGGGAGCUGGUGGGGGAGAUGGUGCUGCGAUUGGCCCACAACAGCAUUCUGCCGCUACGCAUCACUUCCUACGCUCACACGGUGCUGCAGCUCAGCGCUCAGCUCAACAAGCACUCUGCUGAGCUGCAGUCCAGAGGUUUGUCUCCUCACUGGGUUUUCAGCGCCAGAGGAGAUUACAGCCGAGCAGCCGAGACGCUGCAGAGAGCCAUCGAGUACAGCGACCUGCACAACCCGACCGCCGCUCGCUACUACAACACACGCAUCAUGAGGGUGGAGUACUACUUCCUGUCUCAGUAUGUGUCCGUGGUAGAGACGCCGUUCCGUCAUGUGAUCCACGGUCGUGGUGACCUCACUCUGAGCGCGCUCAGUGAGCACCUGAGCCUCCUGACCUCUGACCCCGAACGCUUCGACGACAAAUGCUUCAGACGACAACUCGCCUUCUUCACCUGGACGCUACAGGGGGCCGCCAACGCCCUGAGGGGGGACGUGUACUCUACACACACUCUACUGCACACUACUACACACUAGUACACACUACUACCCAACACACACUCUACUGCACACUAC